AUGAUGCAAAUCGACGAUCCUCAACCCCCCGGUCCUCUGAACUCUCACCCAGUCAUGGCCCCUCCCCCGACGAAUGCGUUUGCAUCUGCGCAGCGACCUACGGCUAAGCGCGCAAACUCGACGCAGCGUGCAAACUCCCGCUUCGUCGAGGGCUCCAUGAACGACCGUACCUCCGCCGCACCACCUCCCAACUUCCUCGGCCCUGAAGACUCGACCGAGAUUGCCCGUCGCUUCCGCAUGGAUUUCUACGUCGAGGCCCCCGACGCCGGCGUCCUGUCCCCGCCCAAGCCUCAACACCACAAGUCUUCCCAGUCGCUGUUGUCGUCGCAAAACCACCACCAGCAACAACAACACCCCUCCGUGAACCAGCCGACGGUCACGUAUGGCGAGGUUAAGAGGCCCGCCAGUUCGGCUAGCAGCCACGUCGCAAAGAAGGGGUUCUGGGGCGGUCUCCGCGAGAAGCUGAGCUUUGUCAGGGAUAAGGAUAGGGGGGCUAAGCGCCCGCUCAGCCUGGACGGCAAGCUUCUCGCCACGGGAGGCGGAGCUGGAGGGUUCGGCAGUGCGAACGCUGUCCCGGCGCCGACCCUAGCCAACGGUGCGGGCAUGCCUUCUAGGGAGGAGAUCAUGGCCAGCUACCAGCAGCUGAUGAAGGACGGUUUCUUCGACGCGCACGCCAUCCGCUCCACGCGUCAGCCUCCUCCACCAAACAUCGCUCCGUCAAGCACCAUGUACUCAACCAAACCCCCUGUUGACAAGAAAUCGUUUGCGGAGCGCAUGUCGGGACAGUGGCCCCUGCCUCCAACGCAGGAUGAGGUGGAACCCCUGCCAGACUCUCGCGACGGCAACCGCAAGCGCGGUUUCGGGUUCGAAGACGAAGAGGAGAUGUCUGCCGUCAAGAAGCUGCGCAAGUCUGCCUCACGCAUCUCUGUCGACCUCUCACUCCCCGGUCUACGGAAACCGCGCUCUCACAUGCAUUCGCACUCCGAAUCGAUGGCCCCUCCCCCGCCGCCCAACUACGCAGCCCCUCCUCCCCCGCCGAAUUACAUGCCCCCGCCGCCCCCUCGCAGUGGAGUCUUCGUCAGACGAUCAUUCAGCAACUCGGCCCGCGCAAGCAACAAGCUCGCCAAACAUGCCCCGUCGGCCUCGUACUCCGGCCCCAUGGACACGGACUUUGCACCCCCGAACCCGCUCUACGCCGCCAGCACCCGUAGCAGCAUCGACUCCAAUGACUCGCGGCGGUCUUUUGUCGAGUCCGCGCGGGCGUGGACGUCGCGCGGCAUCCGCAGAGCGGCAGAGCCUCUCGGCCUCCGACCCAACUCGAACCACAGCGUCCCCUCCGUGCCGUGCGUACCUGAGCAGUACAAGAGCCACGGCGGGUUCGGCUUUGAGGGGGAGAACCACCACAGCAUCCCUGUGCAGGAGCGCGAGCUUCCCGGUCGCUGGAGAGGCAUGCGGUUCACCUAA